AUGUUAGGCCAAUCAGUUUGGUUACUAUUGAUAGGAUUAGCCGUUUUUUGUCCACUGAUUGUCGACUUUGUUGAUAAUGUUGUUGCCGGACAGACCAACAAUUUGAACAAUACAUGUAUAGCCGCUGAAACAUGCGGCCAGUGUAUCUCAAUAGCCAACUCCCAGUGCUACUGGUGCGAUGAUCCCCAGUUCAAUCAUCCGUACAGGUGCAAUGGCUAUCGGCAACUGUUACGCGACUACAAGUGCUCGGAAAGUCAUAUCAUUGGCCGAGAAUUGAAAACCCGGGCCGAACCUGUGGCCAACCGGGCGUUUAGCAAAGAAAUCGGUCAAAUUGUACAGUUAAGGCCACAGCGCUAUCGGGUGUCGCUCAGGGCCGGUGAACAACUGUCGAUACCGAUUCAUUUUCAAAAAGCUGAUGACUAUCCAAUGGAUCUCUACUAUCUGAUUGACCUGUCCUGUACGAUGCGACAGUUUUUGACCAAUUUGGCCGAAGUCGGCCAACUUUUAGCCGAUACUAUCAAACGUAAGACCAAGGAUUUUAAGAUAGGUUUCGGUGCGUUUGUCGAUAAACCGGUUAAACCUUUUGCCGCCCAUAAGCUCGAAACAAUACCGUGUUGUCUACCGAAAAACCCGAACGACUGUAUUAACGGCGAACCAACCUAUAGUUUCUCGCAUCGGCUGACACUGGACUCCAAUGAACGCGAGUUUGUUAGCCGUGUUCGUGGAUCGCGAUCGUCGGGUAAUACCGAUUCACCAGAGGGAACGUUAGAUGCACUGAUGCAGGCACUGGUAUGCAAGCGUCAAAUCGGUUGGAGGGAUCAGUCGGAUAAGAUUAUUGUUGUCGCCACCGAUGAAGAGUUUCAUUAUGCCGGCGAUGGAAAGUUAGCCGGUAUAGUGACGCCCAACGACGGCCAGUGCCAUAUGAAAGAUAACAACUAUACACACUAUCAUCUACUGGACUAUCCAUCCAUGUAUCAGAUUGCCGAAAAAGUCAGGGAAAAUAAGUUCAACAUUGUUUUUACGGUUACCAACAAAGUUCAGCCAAUCUAUCGGACACUGGUCGACAUUAUCGGCUCCAAUGCCCGAUUGGAUACACUACAGGAUACAAACAGUCGGGCUAUUGUUGAACUAAUCGAUAAAGUCUACAGCGAUAUCCGGUCGUCGGUCGAGCUCCGGGUUGAACCGUUUGUCUCGACUAAUGUUAUCGAUGUUGAGCUACUGUCCAAUUGUAAUAAGGGUGCGCUCAGGCGUACAAAUAAUUGUACAUUUCAGGGAAUGCCGGCCAUUACGUUCAGUGCACGAAUCGGUUUGAAGGAGUGUCCGAAAGACCGAUCCCAGUGGAACCAGAAGCUCAAAAUAGGUUUGGCUAAUGUUAACGAAAGUGUUGAAAUUGAUUUAGAAAUGCUAUGCGAAUGCGAUUGUGAACGACCUGAUCAUGCAGUCAGGGAUUCACCCGAAUGUAGUAAUAAGGGAACGUUUGCUUGCGGUAUAUGUGUCGAGUGCUAUGAUAAUCGUAUUGGCAAACAAUGCGACUGCGAUCCCGGCCGACCAGUUAAUCCCAGUGAUCCCGAAGCCCAAUGCAAACUAAAUAACAUAACCAAAUGCAGUGGACGUGGAGAUUGUGAGUGUACCUGUCAGUGCUUACCCGGCUUUUCUGGCGACUACUGUCAAUACGAUGAGACCAACUGUUUGCCGAUUAACGGCCGGACAACACGUGGCGGCGGCGGCAGUUUAUGUAGUGGUCAGGGAAAGUGUUUGAAAGGCCAUUGCGACUGCAAACCGGGCUUUAAUGGUACCUAUUGUGAGUGUCCUACUGAUGAUAAUGAAUGUAAACCACUAACCGAUCAAAAGGAUAAGCAGAUUAAGUUAUGUUCGGGUGAAGGCGAAUGCCGGUGCAAUAAAUGCCAGUGCAAUAACAGUUCACUGACCGGCCGAUACUGUCAUCUGUGUCCGCGUUGCGAAAGUCAACAGUACUGCGAUCUGAUAGCCCGCUGCGUACCACAAGUAUGUCAACUGUAUGGCUAUAAUUGUACGGAAAGUUGUCAGGGAUUUACUUGGGAUAUGGUUGUUGGCGGCAAUACUAAUCAAUUGACGACUACUGAAACCAAUGGAGCUGCUGCUGGUGCUGAUGGUAGUGACGAUGAUGAUAGGAUAUACAGUUUUAAAUACCAGUGUCGUAACCGUAGCUCAGAUAACCAGUGCGAUCUGUCGUUCAGUUACGAGAGACGGGCGGAUGAUCUGAACAAUAAUCUCCGUUUUCUCAUAACAAAUGUCGAUAAAAAUUGUAUCGAAAAAGUCAAUCUGGUUGUUGUGUCCAGUGGUGUCGUAGCCGGUGUUAUACUUGUAGGACUGGCCCUACUGUUGAUCUGGAAGCUGAUCACUGAACUAUGGGAUCGCAAAGAGUUUGCCCGUUUCCAGAAGGAGCUGAGCAAAACCAAAUGGGGACAGUCCGAUAAUCCUCUGUAUAAAGAAGUGAAACAAACCUAUCAAAACCCGAUGUUUGGUUUAAGGGAGAGAUCAAUGAAACGAUUGUCCCGUUUGACUGAACGAAUUUCCCGACGAUUUGAUAUCAAUACAUAA